AUGUCUUCGGCACCAGUCACGGUCAGUCUCGAAGACUUGAAAAUUGGAAAUGUCCCCUUCUCUACCUUGGUAGAAGCCUUUGGGCCAGAAUCUCUCGGCAUAAUCAUCGUCAAAGAUGUCCCAGAAGAUUUCCUAGCCCUCCGCCAUCGCCUCCUCUCCUACUCCUCUUACCUCGGAAACCUCCCCCAGUUCCGACUUGAUAAACUCGAGAAUCCAACCUCCAAAUACCUAACCGGGUGGUCGCGCGGUAAAGAGACUUUAAAAAACGGCCAAAUCGAUACCUACAAAGGCUCCUUCUACGCCAACUGCGCCUUCUACGUAGACUCCUCCUUGGACUGCGCCAAACCCACGGAGGAGUUCUCGCCUACCAAUUUUCCUGAAUAUCUCAGUCCUAAUUUGUGGCCCAACGUGAUCCCCGGCUUCAGAGAGACAUUUGAGGAUCUGUGCCGUCUCAUUAUCGAUACUGGUGUCCUGGUAGCCAGAGCAUGUGACCAAUACGCCGAGAAAGAGAUUCCAGACUACAAGCCGGGAUACCUCGAGCAUGUUGUCAAGAAUUCAACUACUACCAAGGCGAGGUUAUUGCAUUACUUUCCCGCGGAUCCAGAAGCCAAGGAGGAGAGUAACGACGAUGACUGGUGUGCUACGCAUCUCGAUCAUGGGUGCCUGACAGGCUUGACUAGCGCAAUGUUCAUAAACGAGACACGACAAGUCCCAUGUAUCCCCAUUGGAUGCUCUGACAAUCCUCGUUUUCUCCCGACUCUCCCAGAGCUUGAAUCGUCCCCUGAUCCCACGGCAGGCUUGUACAUCCUGUCUCGCAGCGGAGAGACGGUGCAAGUGAAGAUUCCUAGAGACUGUAUUGCAUUUCAGACGGGUGAGGCGUUGGAGAGGAUCACCAAGGGGAAAUUCAAGGCCGUGCCGCAUUAUGUGAGGGGCGUUAGGCCUGGUAUUGCCGGUGGGGAGAACGAAGGGGCUGCUAUUGCGAGGAACACAUUGGCGGUGUUCACGCAGCCAAAUCUGGGCGAUUUGGUGGAUCUAGAGCAGGGUCUUACGUUUGGGGAUUUUGCGAGGGGUGUUGUGGAGAAGAAUACUGCGAAGUAA